AACUACAAAUGAGGUGCGCAUGAAUAGAAUAAUAAGCAAGUGUCAACUUCACACCUUUUGUGAUUGGGGCUGCUUCCUGAGGCCUGAAAGAAGAUGGAUAGAAGCAUCUCGCCUAUCCAUGUCCAUGUGGGCAAGAAGACACCUGUUCAUCUGCACCUCACCAAGAAGGGAUUAAGUAAGGUUGAGAGGAUGGAGAUCUCCUGCUCUGAGAUGUCUGCUGGAAGACCAAGUCUCCGAGCCACUGCUAGUACAAAGAGGGGUAGUCGCUGGGGUGAUGGGUCAACCUCUCAUUCCCCUUGGGUGCCACCUCCCGGGAAAACAACCGCUGCCAACAGAAUGACCUGGGAGGGUCCUACCCACCGACUGGAUAUUACCCCAGGUCCUAAUGGAGGCCGUGGGGAGAACACUGUGCUGAGAGUGAGUGAUCUUAGUGAUGACGGGCUGACGGACAUUGUAGUGGAGAGGGAGUCACCUCUGAAGGACACUCUGCACUCUCUCAGGGCUGAGGUCGACCAUCUCAAGACUGAGGUUGACCUUGAGCGCUCCCUGAGGGACCUAGAGGAGACUGAGUGUUCACUGAGGGAGAGUCGUCUUUCUCUGAGAGAGAGAGAGGAGGAGUUGGUCCGGGCCAAAGAGGACCUUGUGGAGAGGGAGUUGGAGAAUAUGAGACUCUCUCUGGACAAGAUGAAGAAGAGCCCGUCUGUGAUGAGAAGACCGAGUUCACCGGAUGUGAAGCAUCGGAACAGGCUUUCUAAGAAGCUGAUUGAGUUGGAGAUGGACAGUGCCACACUGUGCAAGCAAGCUGACACAUUCAGGGAGGCUGUGAGGAAGCUUCAAAAGGACAGACGUUUCCUCUCUGUGUACGCAGCUGAUGUGGUGGAGCAGAAAGAUAGGCUACUGGAUCAGCUGGCUCAGUUUGAGUGCAGCAAUAAGACACUCAGGAAACUGUUAAGAGCUCAGCAAAUUCAAGAGACUAACGUGGGCCACUUGUCUGAGCAGAAAGAUGUGCUUAUGCAGCAAGUCUCUGAAGCGGACACGACCAAUCAAUUCCUGCGCUCUCGUCUGGAUGAGAGUGAGAGGAUGGCCAUGCACUCACAGGCACUCCACGACCAGGUCAGCCACAGAGACGUCGAGAUACAGGCACUCAACAUCAGACUACAGUCCCUUGAGGAGCAGUUGAGAGCAAAGGAGGGAGAGUGUGUGAUGCUGGAGAGUCGUCUGGCUGAGACCAAGCGUAAGAGUCAGUUGGACAAGGACCUCCUCAAGAGAGCCACCAAACAACACAAGGAGAGGGCUAUAGAGAGUCAGGCUUCUGUGGGUACACUAAGCACUCAGCUAGAUCUUUCUAAUGUUGAGCUGGAUGAACUGAGGAGGAAGGUGGCCCAGGCUUCUCGUGAUGAGAUCACUCGACAGUCUGAAAUCAGGUCCCUACGAAGUAAAGUCAAGGAGUUAAAAGACACGUUAGAUUUGUCCAGAACCACCAGUAAGAGCUCAGUGAAUGCUGUGAGUACUCGUCUCCUUGAGAAGACCCAGGAGCUCAACACAGUACAAAUGGAGAACGAUCGUCUCGAGUCCAUGCUCUCAGUAAUGGAGGGUAAGAUAAAAGCCGUUGAGGGCACAUCUCGAGCUAAAGUGUCCAGUCUAGAGGCAGAGGUUGAGCAGCUACAGGACAGCAUACGUCAGUAUGAGUCUCUCAUGGUGGAGUACAAAGGUCAACUGGAUAGUGGUCGUCUAGAGGUGGAGGGGAGCUCACGAGAGUUGAAACACAAGGAUGAGGAGGUGGAGAGAGCUAAGCACGCGGGGGCACUGGAGCUGGAGAAGCACAAGAUUAUUCACCAGCAACAGACCUCAGAGUUGGAAUCCACUAAAGAGCAGCUUAAGGUGACUGAGAUCCACCUGAGGGACACACAGGAGCGUCUCUCCUCGUACGAGCAGCGCUCCAUUGACCAAGCCCAGCAGAUUGCUUCGCUCAAUACCAAACUAGAUCAGACGACCACUUCCAUGGAUGAUGUUCGCGACAAGUGGCACGAGAGUACGGGCGAGAAAAAAACCAUGGUGGCACGGCUAGAUGUUCAGGAGAGGCGCAUUCACGAAACAGAGCAGCAGAACAGAGAGCUAAUGGAAAUGGUGGGGAAGAAAGAAGAUGAUAUCCGGAGGCUUCAAGGACGAGUAGAGGAGUUACUUCAUGGUGUGGCCUCGGCGAGCACUCACAAUGAGCUGGGCAAGAGUGAGCACAGGAGGCAGCUGGAGCAUGUCAAAGACAAGGCUGCUAGCAAGGACCGUGCCAACUUGAGUAGAAUUGCAGACUUGGAGUCUCAGCUGAGCAGGGCCAACGGUGUAUCAUCACAGCUACGGAAAUCCAAGGAGGAAAGUGACAGACGAUACAAGAUUAAAGUUGGGGAGUUGCAAGAUCGUCUGGAGCAGGCUAACUCAACCAAACGCAGCAUGGAGAACUAUGCUAAUUUUCUAAAGAGCUCGUACGCGAGUGUUUUCAACGAUGUGGGAGGGAGCCCUCCAACUUCCUCUCAUCGUAAUCCCCUCAUUCAUUGAAUACCCCCAAACGCUGCCACACCAGAACUCAGUAAUAAUUAGCUAGGACAGUCAGGACAUAUUUUGUAGCUGCGUGUUGUUUAGUCUAGACAGGGUUCAUGUUUAAUUAGUAGUGGCAGCUUUCAUUUCAUCACUUCAUUACCUUGAGCUGAAGUUAUCAUAAAUUGAUUCACAGUUAA